CGGGUAGUUCCGUUUCCGGCAGCACCAGAUAAAUCGCGAAAGGAGACUCAAAUCCUGUUGUUUGCAUUUGGGACCACUUCGGUUCCCAAUGGUUCGUAGUGGAAAAAAUGGUGACCUUCAUCUUAAACAGAUUGCAUAUUAUAAGCGAACAGGUGAGUAUCAUCCAACUACUCUGCCAAGUGAGAGAAGUGGCAUAAGAAGAGCAGCAAAAAAGUUUGUCUUCAAAGAAAAAAAGCUAUUUUAUGUUGGAAAAGAAAGAAAACAAAAUCGUUUGGUAAUUGUUUCAGAAGAGGAAAAAAAGAAAGCACUACGAGAAUGCCAUGAAAAUGACACUGGAGUUCAUCAUGGCAUAUCCAGAACACUCACUCUAGUAGAAUCCAAUUACUAUUGGACUUCAGUGACCAAUGAUGUCAAACAGUGGGUAUAUGCUUGUCAACAUUGCCAAGUGGCAAAAAAUACAGUUAUUCUAGCACCUAAACAGCACCUUCUCAAGGUGGAAAAUCCAUGGAGUAUAGUUACUGUUGAUCUGAUGGGACCUUUUCAUACAAGCAACAGAAGUCAUGUAUAUGCUAUAAUCGUGACAGAUUUGUUCACAAAGUGGGUCACAAUUUUACCUCUACAUGCUAUUUCAGUAUCAGAAAUUUCUAAAGCCAUUAUCAAUGUAUUUUUUUUAUAUGGGCCUCCUCAGAAAAUAAUAAUGGACCAAAGAGAUGAAUUCAUUCAGCAGAUCAAUGUUGAACUCUAUGGACUGUUUGGUACAAAACAGAUUGUAAUUUCUCAUGCUUCUGGAACUGUUAAUACAUCUGAAAGUACAUCUAGCACAAUCAAAACAUUUCUUUCCAAACACUGUGCUGACUACCCUAACAACUGGGAUGACCACCUAUCAGCAGUUUCAUUUGCCUUCAAUGUGACUCACUUGGAGUCUACUAAAAAUACACCAUAUUUUCAAAUGUUUAAUCGAAAUCCUUAUAUGCCAGAGACUUCAGAUGAUCUUCAUGAAGUGGAUGGUGAUAAUGCAAGUAUGUUUGCCAGAAUUCUAGAUGCAAUUAAAGAAGCUGAAACUACUAAAAUAGUGGAGAAAAAUACAUCAUCAGUGGGCCAGGUGGAGGACAACAAUUUGGAUGAACUGAAUAAAAGGAAGAUUGUUGUUAAAAAGAAACCAAAGCAAUUAAAUCCAUUUCAUUUAAAAGUGGGUCAUGAAGUUUUAAGACAGAGGAAAAAUUGGUGGAAAGAUGGUCGUUUCCAGUCUGAAUGGGUUGGUCCUUGUGUCAUAGACUAUAUUACAGAAAGUGGAUGUGCUGUCCUGAGAGACAAUACUGGGACAAGACUCAAAAGACCUAUCAAAAUGUCUCACCUUAAGCCUUACGUAAGAGAAUCCAGUGAACAAGACAGUCUUUAUCUCCUGCAAGGUUCCGUAGUGGCAGAUCAUGACUACAUUGGAUUACCUGAAAUUCCAGUUGGCGCAUACCAAACAAAUAUUCUGGUAGAAGAUGCGACUAUAGGUGUAGUCGAUAAUGAACUCUUGACAUCAAGCAAGGAUCGUGAACUAUUGGAAUAUAGAAAUGCCAAAAUCUCGCCAUUGAUAGAAGAUCAUGGUACUCUUGAAAAGCAGACUUUCAGUCUGUUGGACUCUUCAAACCAAGUACUUGAGUACUUAAGUUAGCAAAAAAACCCUUGAGUCUUGGUAUCUUAGCUGUUAAAAUUGGUUAUAUAGAAGUGUUUCCGUGCACUGUUAAUGACUAAAUCCUAUAGGUUUAUUUUAUUACUGUUGUACCACAUUGGAAUGUGAGUAUAUGUAUAUUAUAUAUAUGUAUGUUAAGGAAUUAUAUAAUAUAUAGA